AUGUCGGAAUAUCUUGGAUGGCGCGAUCGGCGACCGUCGCCCGGCUAUGGGAGAAGUUCGGAUUUCGACAGAGACAUCAUUCCGGGCGGUGUUCAAACCAAGAGCUAUGAGAGCUACGUUCGCAACAUCUUCAAUCCAAUGAAUCGAUUGAAGACUAAGGACAAGGAGCGACUUGCUCGCGAUCAUGGGCUCUCAGCGAGCAGCAUGCUUAAAAUGGAGCGCGAAUUCGGCAAAUCGGCUCUCGAUGAGCGAUUCGACGACGCGCACUAUUUCUCAAAAAUGCCUCUCGAAAAUCUGUACGAGGAAUUGGGACUCAAAAAUCCAUCGUCAACCUCCUACCGCCAUUUUCAAGUCUACGAGCCAAAACAAUCAUCCGAGUACUUUGCGACAACCUACGAAGCCGAAAGAGAACGACGACGUCGAAAUUUGGAGAAGGAAUUGGGAAAUGCUCAAGAUGAUUCGGAUAGUGAAGAGCCGAAGAAGAAUCUUCAUUCAUCGCUCUCAAGCUAUAGACCACCCGUCGGCUGCUCUUCGUUCCGAACCCGCGACGAGGAGGAAUACGCGAAAAACAACCGGAUGACAUUGAUCGACUAUAAGGAGUUUGAUAGUUCGCCGCUCUCGCCCUACCUCUACCAGAACCAUCCAUACGUGAGAAGACAGGAUUCGAGAAUUGUCGGUUCAAAUUUUGUGCAGCUCACAUCUCGUCCGAAAGACAAAUUUCUAACGAAAAUCGAGGAGACGUUGGCGAUGGUCCGCGAUAUGCCUCGCUACUAA